AGACAGCAUUUCCUUCACAAGUGUAUCGUCUGCCGACGACCGUCAGACAUAUUUAUUUCAAGCAUUAUUUCAUUUCGUUCCGAAGGAUUACAUACGAAUAAAUCACAUUAGGAGUUACGGCGCAAAAAGGAGAGACUGUCUCUCAGAAAUGAUGGAAAUUGAACUGCCUAAAAUGCAUCCAAGCCAACAGGAUAUGGAGCUUAUAGAUAUCCUUUGGAGACAGGACGUGGACCUGGGAGCAGGGAGGGAGGUGUUUGACCUCAGCUACAGACAGAAGGAGGUAGAAUUGCGUCGACAGCGUGAGCAGGAGGAGGAGAAGCAGCAGCAGCGUUUGCAGGAACAGGAGAAAGCUCUGCUUGCACAACUCCAGCUGGAUGAGGAGACUGGGGAGUUUGUGCCGCGGACUGCACCUGCCACCAGCGCUCUGACGCAUGCGAACACGACAAAUACCGAAAUCACACAGAAUGGGGCAUUCGCUGAGGAGGGAGACGCCAUGUCAUUUGAUGAGUGCAUGCAGCUCCUAGCUGAGACUUUUCCCCUGGAUGAGCCAGCAGAGCCAGCUCCGCCUUGCCUGGAUCCCUCGAUUCUCCCUUCCACAGAGCUUAUGAUGCCCCCAGACAUGACCGGCUUUAACCAGAAUCCUUUGUUGCCAGGCUCUCUGGAUCAAGCCUGGAUGGAGUUGCUCUCACUCCCAGAGUUGCAGCAGUGUCUGAGCAUACAGAUGCAGGACACGUUGGAUAUGGAUGGAUUUAUGAACACAAGCCAAUCUUUAGAAGUACAGGACCCAAACUACAGCCAAUACCUGCCUGGGAUAGACCAUCUCUCCUCCACCCACACAGAGGUGUGUCCUCCUGAAUACAUCACCACCUACGAUGGAUCGUUCAACACUAUGGUUUCACCCAACCUCAGUCAGAUGAGCCUGAACGGCCCAGAAGUGAGCUCAGAGUUUGGAUCUGAUGAAUUUUGUAAUCUGUUUCAUCCUGAAAUGGAAGUUAAAGUAAACAGCGGCUCUGUGACCUCUGAUGGAGGAAAUAUGGUCAGCCAACUUGCUGAGACUCCCAGCGAUCCUCCUGUAAACCCCAUGGAUCUUCAAAGCUUCUCUCCUGCAAACUUCGGCUUGGAAAAACCAGAAACUAUGGCAGAAUUCCUGGAUUCUGAUUCUGGGUUGUCUCUGGACACCAGUCCUCAUAUGAGUUCUCCAGGAAAGUCUUUGCAUGGAGACGGAUCCUACAGUUUUAGUGACUCAGACUCAGAAGAUAUGGAUGGUAGUCCGGGAAGUGCAGAGUCAGAUUAUUCUGAGAUAUUCCCGCUGGUUUACAACUGCGAUGGUGCUCAGCUUUCUCUCUCAGAUAAAUCCAUGGUAGAACCGCAGGAGAUGAAAGUGAAGAACCCAAAGAUAAAGCCGGCAGAGGCCAGUGGCUACUCCAAACCUCCUUUCACCAAAGACAAGCAGAAGAAACGCUCCGAGGCCAGGCUCUCCCGUGACGAACAGAGAGCAAAAGCCUUGCAGAUCCCCUUCACUGUGGAUAUGAUCAUCAAUCUUCCUGUAGAUGAUUUCAACGAGAUGAUGUCCAAACAACAGCUCAAUGAAGCUCAACUCGCCCUCAUCAGAGACAUCCGCCGUCGAGGCAAGAACAAGGUCGCUGCGCAGAACUGCCGCAAGAGGAAGUUGGAGAACAUCGUGGGCCUUGAGUACGAGCUGGACUCGCUGGAGGAGGAGAAGGAACGCCUGAUGAAGGAGAAAAGUGAACGUAGUACCAGUUUGAGAGAGAUGAAGCAACAGUUGAAUACUCUGUACCAAGAGGUCUUCAGUAUGCUUAGAGAUGAGCAGGGCAGGCCUUUCUCACCCAAUGAAUACUCCCUUCAGCACACCGCCGAUGGCACGGUUUUCCUCGUUCCUCGCCUUAAAAAGACUCCGGUUAAGAAUGACUAGAUCUGUUCCUUCUUCUCUCCCCUUCCAUUCUUGCUUCUAUUUUUUGGUAAUGCUUUUCUCUUGCUAACACCGUGUCCUAAUGAGGCACAACACGAUAGCAACAAGUGAUAAAAGCUAUGUCUUUGUCCUAACCAGCAAUUAUCACAAUAUAUAAGUGGUAGAGCAAUUAGUUGGUCACUUCAUGCUAUUUCUUGGUCAGUUCUAUCUUGUUUCUAUUUUUUUGUGGCAUUGCGCUGGUUAGCCCCACCUACCGUGAAAUCUCGUGGUCAAAAAUCCUGUUCUGCAUAUCUGUGUUAUAUUAAUGAUGUGUUCCAUUCAACUGAAAAGUUGGAAUUUUCCAACUUCCUACUUUGAAAAGUGCAAUAGAACGCCACUUGAUGUCGCACUUCCAACUUGGAAACUCUGUACACCUAUAGAAUAAAUGCUAGCAAUUCAACAUAAUUUGCCAACUUGGUUCCAGUUUUGUUUACUCGCAUGUAAUUUUCCAAGCAUCUGGCAAUGGAAUAUCUAUAUGGUUGAAGAUCAAAGACGUCAAGUCUUGCACAUUCAGCUUGAAAUGGAACGCAGCAUAAACUUUGAAUAUGUUCUGAUUGGCUGCAAUUGUCACAUCGCGCUGUUUCGCAUAUAGUGCAUCACGCCUGGUUAGGAUUUGGUGCAAGUUUUAUGAAAAAGAAAUACUAAAUAGGAGUGUAUUUUGCUUAUGUACAUCAACUGUUGAAAUGGCAGAACUAUUAUAUAAGUUUUGCAUAUUCUGCUUUCCUAAUAUUCUUAAUAUCUGUUUGAUUUUGUACUCCUUUAUAUUUUCUCUGAGAUUCUUUUACCUACCUGGUUUGUAAAUACAUUUAUACUUUAUUUGCUAUUGAGAUGGACAAAUGUACUGUAUAUAAAAAUAGAUUCUACAUUCUUGUAUGCUAAUAAUUGUUGUGACCCUUUUAAGUCUGCACUUAAGUCAGUUUUUAUAUCUUAAUUUACAAUUCUAUUGCUAUUUUAUCUCUGGACUUUAUGGCUUUAUGAUAAAUAAAUAUUUAAAACAGUGA